AGAGAGAGAGAGAGCGAGGGAGAUUAAAAGGAGAAGUCAGGUGGUUUGUUGCUCAGUUUCUUGAAUUGUGUCCUGAGAACGUUGUGCUGCAAUCCUACACCCCAGUGAGACGUUGCUCAACAUGUGGGCCUGGGCACUUCUUCCAGUGUCAUUGUUCCUGCUCGGCACCAUUGGAUUUUGGGCUGUCUAUGGGAUAGCUGUGUCAAAUAAUUCCGUUAAUCUCACUGUUGAGUUUCCUUAUAUCAGUACCUGUGGCUCCUACACACCGCAGAGCUGCUACUUUGCUCAGAUUCUCAAUGUUGGGGCAUUUCUGGUGAUUUGGAUCUGCCUCGUCCGAUACCAACAGAUCAAGGAUUACGAGCGGCAUUCCCGUUUGAACACGGCCAGCCUGGUCCUGGGGUUUAUCAGUGCUAUUGGGAUAAGCGUUGUGGGGAACUUUCAGCAAACUGUCCUGUUGGGGGUCCACAUGUUUGGCGCCUUCUUGGCCUUCUUCAUUGGACUGGCAUACUUCUGGAUUCAGGUCUAUCUCACUUUCAAAGUGAAGCUGAACCACGGUGGAAAGUGGAUUGGGACCACGAGAACCUUCCUUUGCAUCAUUUGUACCAUACUGAUCAUCAGCAUGGCGGUCCUUCACAAAACCGGCUCCCGGAGUGCCGCAGCUGGCUGUGAAUGGCUGGCUGCCAUGACCUUCUUCAUGCUCUUUGCCUCAUUUGCGGUGGAAUUCAGGCACGUGGAACAACACUCCUACCACGUGAUGCACAAAGAAGUCGAUACAACGAUGUCAGUGACACUAUGAAGCUCUACCUCAAGACUCCGGUGACUUUCAAAUGGCACUGGCACAUGCUCAUUGACUUGCACAUCUAUUAAGGUUUCAGUUGUCCUAAGGUUGUAAACCUCAGGGAAACAAAAAAUCGGGAG